UCCCUCUUUCUACUUCCGCUUUGCCUCGUCUGGGAUUCCCUCAGUAAAUACGAGCCGCUUUUAAUCCUCCGUUUUUCUCACAUUACCAAGUGGAACGUGACGUAAAUGCCAAUGAUAAUCAGUACAAAUAGAGACAAAUUAUUGAGCAAACUAACGUUUCGUACCCAUGGAAAAAAUAUAUAAUAUAUAUCAUAAAUUGAGGCAGUUGUGUUAAUAAAUGGGCUGCAUAGACGAGGAAACAAACCGUGUGGGUGUAGGAACUAUCUUUCUCGUGUUUACUCUUUGGUUAGUCUCCACCUACUCGCUGUGAGCUCGCUCGUGACUCUUCCUCCCACACCGCGGAGCCUUUGGCUACUUCAAACUUCACGAACAGUUAUGGCAGAUAUCAGCAAAACUGAAAAGGUUCAGCUGCACGCGCCAGAUUUAGAGGAACUGCGUGGUGUACUGCAAGCAGGACUGGAGGACAACUUUGCCGAAGUCCAGGUGAGUGUCGUGGAGUGUCCCGAUCUCACCAAGGAGCCCUUCCAGUUUCCGGUCAAAGGCCUGUGUGGAAAGCCGCGCAUCACUGAUGUUGGUGGGGUGCCGUACCUGGUCCCCGUGGUUCAAAAACACAAGGAAUACAACAUGAACACCAUAUCGAAGGAGCUGGAGUUGCCAGGAGCCUUCAUCCUCGGUGCAGCAGCUGUUCCCAGCAGGAUCGUCAGAAUGAAUGCAGAGCUGAUUCCCCUGGUUCUGACCGAAGCAGAGGGAAGGCCCGCAGUGAACGGCAGCUACUUCUCCUCCAUCAACCCAGCUGACGGACAGUGUCUGCAGGAAAAAUACAGCAACAAAUUCUCUGACUGCAACUUUGGGCUGCUGGGCAAUCUGUACGCCUGUGAGGGGAAGUCUGGAAAGGUCAUUGAGGUGCGGGCCAAGAGGAGGACAGGAGGCCACAGUCUGGUGACGGCCCUGAGGAAGACUCUAGAAGGUCGCUACCCUGAUAAAAGUCUGGCUCUGGGGGGCACCUUUAUCAUCCAGAAGGGGAAAGCCAAAAUCCACAUCAUGCCGAGAGAGUUCUCGGCCUGCCGCCUCGACAGCGACGACGACGUCAACGGCUGGCUGCAGCACUUUGAGGUCAGCGCCCCACUCGUCUGCCAGUCGGUGCUGGUGUCCAGAGACCCCGGUUUGGACCUGCGCGUGGAGCACACUCACUGCUUCAGCCACCACGGAGAAGGUGGCCACUACUACACAGACACCACGCCGGACAGCGUGGAGUACCUGGGCUACUUCCUGCCGGCAGAGUUUGUCUACCGCAUCGACAGGCCCCGAGACACGCAUGGAGUCGGGCGAGACUGAAACACCAACGAAUGAAAUAAGUCAUGUCUGCGGCGCAGCGCAAAUCGUUGCUCUUAAAUCACUUCUCUUGAACUUCUUAUGCAUUUCAUGUAAACAAAAUCAGCACAUUUCAUGUAUUAAAAAGCAUGUUCCUCUGGAUAGUCAUGGCCGUUUGUUCAAUGAAUGCAGUAGAGUAAAUGUUAGACCUUGAACUGCAUUGUUGGCUGCCAACUCGAACAGGCGGUGGCUGUCACGUGUGCACAGAGUGAAAAUUACAAUCUUUUUUUUAAAAAAUAUACGGGAGUUCUUCUUUUUGUGGUUUUAUGGCGGAUGGCAUCCAAAAAAAGUUGCAUUACCGCCACCUACUGUAUUGGGGUGUGGACCAGAGUUAUUUGAGUUUCAAAAAAAAAAAAAUCCUUCCACUCAAUCCUGUUUCUCUCAAAUAUUGCAGCACCUUAGUUGUUUUGUUCAGCCUUGCGUGUCAAAUCCUCUAUUAUAAUUUCUUCUGCAGUGCUUGCUCUGUUUAUCCUCCCAUUUGAGAACUUCCUGAAUAGCAUACAGAUGUAUUCCUACUCCCUCAUAUCUCACACAGUAGCAUUUGUUGAGGUGUGACGGUAGAGCUCUAAUCAGCCAGAAGUGAAAACACCUGUGCUGGUAAUUAAAUAGCCACCAGGUGAAAAAACAAAACAGAGGCAACGGAUUUUUAAUGACUGUUUUAUGUAUCACCCUCAUGGGGUUUAAAGCUAAAAAAUGACUUCUGUGUUUACUAUUUUUACGAGAAGCCACAAAUUGAUUGUCAACACUGGACACGAAAGGACCACAUCAAAACCUGUGAAAUAACGUGUGCAUGUGUAAUAUGUAAUAAAGGCUAAUUUACCAAUCCA